AUGUUGACCGCGCCCCGAGUAGUCUUCUCUGUGUUCACCCUGAUGAAUAUUGUGCUGAUGGUGAGGCGAAAAAAAAAAGAGAAAAAAAUUAGCAAAAAAAAGAGAAUAAUUAGCAAAAAAGAGUCACCUUCAACUGACGCAGAAAAAAGGACAAACAAACCCCUCUUCUUCACCACACAUGCAUUAUCCCUAGGAGGUGCAGGCCAGAAGGGCCCGAGGCAAUUAUCCCAAUUCACUUCUGACUCAGAUGGUCACUCCACCUCAAGUGAGCUGAACAAGAAGAAGAGCAACAACGGCAAAUGUGCUGGCAGCGAUUGUAGCGACUGCAGUGAUGGCAGCGACUGCGGCGAUUGCGGCGACUGUGGCAAUUGCAGCGAAUGCAGAGAGUGCAGCGAAGGCAGCGAAGGGGAACAAGGUGAAUCCCCAGAUGGGGCAGCUUCCUGCUCAGUAAAAAAAGAACAACAGAAGAAGACGCAGAGGGAUGAUGAAGAUUAUGAUGAUGAUGAGGAGGAGGAGGAGGAUGACGAAGAAGAAGAUGAUGAUGAAAGUAAUGAAGAAGAGAGUCAUGAAGAUGAUGAGGAGGAAGAAGAAGACGGAGGGUUAGACAUAUCAGGUAUACUAAAAGAACAUAUGUUUGUUGUGCCGAAAGAAAAAGUAGAGCUUCUAUUGGAUGAGUGCAAUCGCAUACAGAAAUCCGAUUAUGAAAGAGCGCUGGAUAAUUUAUUCGGGGAAUUACAUGACUUCUCUAUCCAGUGUGGGUUACUAAAGGAGGAGAAAAUAGCCUUAUGGAAUGAAUGUCUUGAAGAUAUAGCCAAAGAUUUAAAAGAUAUUGACGAUUAUUAUGAUGAAAUUUAUGAUUUUAAUAUGAAUGCAGAAACUGUGGUGACUGUUUCUUUUGUUUACUCUUUAACUAAUUUUCUGAACCUGUGGACCACUACCAUAGAAGGGAUCGAGAAGAAGUGGUGCGCCCUUUUUGCCGAGAGGGCUUUGGAUUAUAAGGAUGCCCUUCGAGAGGCUAAACUGCGCAAGGCGGCCACGGCGGAGCCUGACUCCCAGGAGGGAGCAGCGGGUUCUUCCGCCUCGGGUGCAGCGAGUACCACCUCGGGUGCAGCGGGUACCACCUCGGGUGCAGCGGGUACCACCUCGGGUGCGGCGAGUGCCACCUCAGGUGCGGCGAGUGCCACCUCAGGUGCAGCGGGUACCACCUCGGGUGCGGCGAGUGCCACCUCAGGUGCGGCGAGUGCCACCUCAGGUGCGGCGAGUGCCACCUCAAGUGCUGCGGCAGCGGCGCCAGCCCAAGAGGAAGGAAAGGACUCCCAGGAGGGGGACAAGGCCGAUUCCCAGGAGGAGGGGGCCGAUUCCAACGAGACGAAAGAACAAUAAACAGGUGAGCAGCUGCCCAGAAAAAGUUAGAGGCCGCCCAACCAGAUGUAGAUCAAUUGGUUUGAAAGCUUACACCCGACAUCGCGCCCCACUCAGUGAAGUGCUGGCACGAGUGCGCUGGAUGUUCGCCCUCACAGGAGAAGCCGCUCUUCCGUUCGAGCGGACGAAGCUGAGAUGUUAAAAUUGAGCAGAAGAAGUGGGCGAAAUGCGCCAAGUGGGCCACAUUUUGCCGCCGCUUGCGAAGGAACGAACUGCCCCACACUUUUGAAAAAAAAACAACAAAAUGGACUUUCCGCAGAUUCGAAAAUGUGCGCUGUUUCCAGCACCACAACGCCGCAUCGUGCAUAUGGGUAUCUUCACGCCAAUGUGCCGCUCCGUCCCCCUCUGGAAAAUGUCCCCGCGGCUGAAAUAACUCUUUUCCCGUGCAUCCCCGUAGUGUCACUGUUUUUAUGUUUGUCUUUUUUUUAUUUUUUGUGCCUUUCAUCAUGCCGUGAUACAUGUUGAGGGGGGACCCGCCCUCACUGAUUUACUCCGCCGAUUAGAGACUAAUUUUUUGGGCUCCCCCAAAAGGGCAGUCGCAGUUAAGGCCAUUUUCCGGACUGAUUUUCGCAAAUGGAGAGCGGCGUUCGCAAAUGGAGCGCGGCGUUCGCAAAUGGAGAGCGGCGUUCGCAAAUGGAGCGCGGCCGGCAUUCGCCAAGUGGAACCUGAUUUUUCAAAAUGGAA